AUGUCCGGAAAGGCCGUUGCCGCCGCGGACAAGGCGAUCGACUCGGCUGCGGGCCAAGCGCCGCCGCCGGCGGGCUUCCCGCAUCUCAACCCAGCCGGCAAGCUUGAUGACACGCGCCGCAUGAAGGCGCUGACCUGGCAGGGCAAAGAGAAGGUCAAGGUGCACGACGUGCCGGUGCCCCACGUGACUGACGCCACCGACGCCGUCAUCAAGAUCACGUCCACCGCCAUCUGCGGCUCUGAUUUGCACCUGUAUGUCCACGCGAUGCCUGGCAUGAAGGCUGGGGACGUGCUGGGCCACGAGUUCAUGGGCAUCGUGGAGGAGGUUGGCCCGGAGGUGAAGCACCUGUCGCCGGGGAACAGGGUGGUGGUGUGUUUCGACAUCGCGUGCGGCGCGUGCUUCUUCUGCCAGAGGCAGCUCUUUAGCUCCUGCGCAUCCAGCAACCCGAGCCACGUGCAAGAGGCGCUGUACGGCCAGCCCACUGGCGGCUUCUUUGGCUACUCGCACCUGACUGGCGGAUGGCAGGGGGGCCAGGCUGAGUACGUGCGUGUGCCUGUAGCCGACGUAAACUGCCUGAAGGUUCCCAACUCGAUGGAAGACGAGCAGGUGGUGCUGCUGUCAGACAUCCUGCCCACCGCCUGGCACGCCUGCGAGCUGGGGGAGGUGCACGAGGGCGACGUUGUGGCCAUCUGGGGCGCCGGCCCGGUCGGCAUCCUGACGGCGCAUUGCGCGCAGCACAGGGGCGCCCGCCGCAUCAUCCUGAUCGACUCUGUCCAGUACCGCCUUGAUUUUGCCGCCUCCAAGAUCCAGGGCCUCGAGACGAUCAACCGCAAGGACAAGAACCCCCUGACAGCCCUCAAGGAGAUGAUGGCUUCUGAGCCGGGCGGCGCGCCUGACGUGACUAUCGAUGCAGUGGGCAUGCACUAUGCGACGAGCCUGAUCCACAAGGUGCAGGUCUCCCUGCAGCUGGAGACGGACACCCCUGAGAUCGUCAACGAGUGCGUGAGGGCCGUCAGGAAGGGCGGCCGCGUCUCCGUCAUCGGAGCGUAUGCAGGCUUUGUCAACGCCUUCCAGCUGGGCGCUUUCAUGGAGAAGCAGCUCACGAUCCGUGGCGGCCAGACGCCCGUGCAGAAGUACUGGCACACGCUGCUGGCCAAGGUCAAGUCGAAGCAGCUCGACCCCGCGAUGGUCAUCACGCACCUGCUGCCCCUCGAGGAGGCCGACAAGGGCUACGAGGUUUUCAACUCCAAGCGCCCCGCGGACGGCUGCGUGAAGGUCGUCCUCAAGACCAAGGCGGCCAGGGACCAGGGCCCGGUGGCGGCGGUGUGA